UCUUCAAAAUUUUUAGUUUUACAAAAUCACAGACACUUCAUUUUUGCGUCGUUAAUUGUACGUGUCGCUUUGCAAAACAAAAAAUAAAUACAGAAAAAAAAACAAUUAAAAUACCAUCGAUUGUAAAACAAAGGAUUUUAGCUGUUUGGAUUAAGGGUAAUUUGGGUAGCAGAAGUAAAAUGAUGACAAAAUAAUUUUUUAUUGUAGGUAGGUAGGGGAAAAUUGUGAAAGCAGACGAGUUGAAAUCGAAGUCACAGUGACGCAGAUAAGGGCGAAAAGUGAGAUUGUAAAAGACUCGCUUAGUGCCGUACGCGUAAAUAUGAGCCGUUGUGUUACGCCAGAAUGGGAUCGGAUACCUACUCUCGUAUUGGGAAACAUAUAUGAAUAUCUCGAGCCAAAGGAUCGAUUGAAUGCAUCGCAGACAUGCCGUCACUGGCGUGGGGUGCUCUUCCAAAAGAGAUUUUUCAACAACUUCAAGUUAAAGUUGCACGUCAACAAUGAGCGGCAGUGUACGUUUUUUCGUCAAACGCUUUGUAAUUUGGCAACUGAAGUAACGCUCAUAUUUGAUUUUCUAAAUGUUUUCCAUAUCGAAAAGAUAAGGCGUAUCCUCUAUAGGAUUGCACGUUGUGAUAAUUUGCAAGGCCUACAUUUUUACACUAACAAUGUUGGCUUAAUCCCACCUGGCGAUAUAAGUGAAGAGAGCCUUGUCGACAUUGAACAAUGCUUUGUGGAGCCGCUGAAAAUGUUUUUAAAUCGCAAAAAAUAUCCUUGCCAAAUUUUGGAUUUAGGUGCAAUCGAAGCUUUAACCUACUACGGUUUAGAUGUAUUAAAAGCUUUAAGCAAACCUGAAGCAUUACAGCAGCUAACAUUGGCUUCGAUUAAGUUCGAUCCUAGUCAUUAUCCCAUAUUUACCUUAGAAACUACUUUGCUGCAAAAGUGCACAUCACUACAGGUUUUGUCACUCGAUUACGAUACCCUCAACGACGAGCUACUGCGUGCCAUGGAAAUUCUACCCAUGAAAAAGCUCUUAAUUUGUAUACAUGGCUUGGAUCGUCAGCAUCCUGGUAUUUCCGAUGUAGCUUGGACUAGAUUUGGUGCCUCCUUUCCGAAUAUCGAAUUAAUUGUAUCUUUAGUGUAUGCGUUUGAAGCCGUGGAAGUGCUGCAAGUGCGCAUAUUGCGUCACAACAUGCCAAUAACACAUUUGAGAGUAUUAUUUUGUGACUUUAUGAACGUCGAGGCCUUAGAGUGGAUGUCGGUCAAUAAUAGCAAUACACUGAAGAGUAUCCAGUGGAUAGAUUCAGCCUACAAGCAUUCCGAUAAAAAUGUGAUGGAUUUAUUUUUACGCUCCGGACAAGAUCCUUUCGUAAUGAUGUCUUGGCGUUGCAAAAACUUAGAGGAAAUCGUUAUACAUGGCUAUGUGCUAGAUCCACACAAUAUUGUUGGGAUUUCACGCCUUCGUGGCCAUACACUCAAACGCCUAGAAGUAUCUAUGAUCGAUAACACUCCCACAGAAGCAAGCAUGGAUUCAUUUAUUGAAGAAAUCAAUACAUUGCUUGGUCAAAAAUGGGAGCCUCUCAACCCAAAUACUUUACAUCCUGCACUCGGUUACAUACCAGUGUCAGAUGAUGUACGUGAUGAAUACGUUUUCGAUCUCAUGCGUCGUGAUAUGGGCUACUAAAAUAUUAUAAUUGCACCAACUCAUACCACAACUUUUAUGUAAAUUUAGGUUUACUGUAGUUAUAUUAUCAAAAACACAAGUACGUAAAAGCAUACAUGUUCGAUAUGGCAGAACAUGAGCGGGUGUGCAAAAAUGACGCUCAUAAGGAAAAAAUACCUUAAGAAUCUAGCGUCAAAAAACAACAGCAACCAAAGUCAAACGAAAAGUGCUACCAUAAAGGCUUUGCAGUGAUAUUUUAUUUCUAUAAUUUGAAAACUACAUCAGUCCAGGCAAAGAAAAAACAAAACUAAUGAACAUUAGCUAAAACGAACAUCAUUUAAGUAUUGCAAAGAAAAAAAAUCAACAACAAUAUCUUAUAUAAAUAUUAGAGUUAUAAAAGAACACUAAAACGAAAAAUGGAGAAGCAUCAAAACUCAAUUACCUACGUAUUCAUAAAAACUAACAAAUAUAUUUAGGCGAUAAUAGUUUAAGGAAAAACAAUAACAACUACUCCUGUGAUAAAGGAGAAAAUAAAUUAAUAUGUAUGCACAUAUACAAUAAUACAAUAUUGAUUGGUGGCUCAAGUGCAACGUUAAACAUACAAAGAUCCUUAAGAAGAAAUCACGCAUUGCUCCCGAAAAAAAACAACAACAAACAAUUGAAUUGUAAUGGAGACGAAGUACAAUUGUUACCACGUUUGGUUUUUUUACCAUCAAUAACGAUGAAAAAGAAAUGCCAUAAAUGUGAAAAACGAAAUAGCUUGGAAAUCUAACAAGAAGGCAUAGUCUAGUUGUGCUCCUAUAUUAAUCAAGAAAGCAUUCUAACUUUUUUUUUUUUUUAAUUUAUUAUGUGUGCAUUACACAGGCUUAAUGUAACAACAAGAACAAUGUAGAUUUCAUCCCAAUCUGCGUAUGUAACUUUAUUCAUAAUUUUUUAUAUAGACAUAUGUACGUAUACAAACCAAUAAGCAAUGUGUUAUAACUGCAACACGAACAUAUAUUCCAUAUUACUUUAUUUCUUCGCUUUAUAAAAAAUAAUCUACUUACAUACUACAAUGAAAUUAAAUUUACUUGAUUUAUAGUUGAUUAUGCUUGGUUCAAUCAUGAAAAAUGGCAUAUUUUUAUAACGAAAAAAUUUAAGUGCACGCCGGUUCAAUUUACGCCUACGGCCGAAAAGUUUAUUGUAUUUAUGCUCAUUUAUGUAAUCUUAAAACUUUUGAUUGCAUAAAUUUUACAAUACUAGACUAAUAUUAUAAUUAAGCCAAUGCUUAACGCUAAAAAAAUCUAAGUUUAUUAUUAUUAUUAUUAUUAUUAUUCCAAUCGAUGUCAAAAGCAAAUUUUUCGAAAGUAUAACACCAAAGGGGGAUAGAAUUUAUGCAUAUAUAAAAUGCAUAUAUGAGUAAAUCCCACGAGUGGUUCACCUACCUUAGAAAAUGCAUUAUCUUCAGUUUUUUAUAGAGAACAAAAUUCCAUUGCAAAAUUGUAUUUAAAUGAAAACUUAAA